GAUAUAUAAUUAAUAUUAUACGAAAUGAUAAAACGAAGAUGACACGGAAGGCACAAAAUGUUCUCGUCCACCUUUACUCAUGACUGACAGUUCCUCCCAUCGAAUAAGCGCAGUGUUGGAGGCUCGCUGUCCAAUCGUAUACGUUGUGGGGCGGGACUUCAACGUUUCAUAACAUUGAACAGCACUACUUCACCCGUCUCGUAACAGUAAUAUUUUGUAGGGUACAACUCAUUGGGUACAACAUGAUCUAAGCGGCUAUCUAAAAGGGAAUAUUGCAGCCACUCAAAAUGAAGGGUCUUUUCCUUGUGGAGCCUGUGGUUGCCCUGUACGCCUUCUCCAGUUUUCUCAUCUAUCCACUGGUGCAGCAGUAUGUGUACCGAAGGCUCUGGCAGGACUUGACCAACACCACCUAUCCUAUCUCUGACAACACCUCCAGAUGUGCAGGAAACAGCAGCAGCAACCAGACGAGCUACCAUCAGGAGGUGCAGAGGCAGGCGUCUCUCUUCUCCCUUUACACAGAGCUCUUCUCCACAGUCCCCUCUUUGAUUGUCACUCUCAUGCUGGUGGCCUACAGUGACCGGGGAGGACGCAAGAUCACCAUCAUCCUGCCUUUGAUUGGCACAUUGAUCUACACCCUGACCUUCCUGGCAGUGUCCUACUUUGAGCUAAACAUUUACUUGCUCAUUGGUUCCUCGCUUCUUAGUUCUCUGUUUGGGGGCUUGGGCACAUUUCUGGGGGGCUGUUUCGCCUAUAUAGCAGACUUGUGUGAGGACGGCCAUCAGAAGACGCUGCGCAUGGCUGGACUUGAUAUGAUGAUUGGCUUGUUGUCUGGGGUGGCUUCAAUAUCAACAGGCUACUUCCUGAGAGCUGCAGGCUUUAACUGGCCUUUCCUAACCUCCGCGUUGUUUCAGUGUGUGAUCCUUCUCUAUGCAAUUUUCAUCCUAGAAGAGACUGUGAAGAAGGCUCCUCCUGAUGCCAUUAUUCUAGAUGGGGCUCCUCAGCACUCAGCCACAAAACAGAUGUUGUAUGGGGUCUACCAGAUGUUUGUAGGGGCCAGCCGCAGGUGUAAAACUGUUUUAGUCCUCCUGAUACUCAUCUUCACCAGCUUCUCCUUCGCCUAUGGAGGUGGGAUCUCCUUGAUGACACUAUAUGAGCUCAAUGAGCCACUGUGCUGGACUGAGAUUUUGAUUGGCUACGGCUCAGCACUGUCCACUACUGUGUUCCUGGCCAGUUUUAUGGGAGUAUCAGCGUUCACAUACUGUGGCAUGCCACAGCUGCUCAUUGUCCUGUUGGGCAUCCUGUCUGUCAUAUCUGGCAUGAUCCUGAUGGCGUUUGCGAAGACCACUUUACUGAUGUUUAUAGUAAGGGUGCCAAUGCUUCUGUCCAUCAUGCCGUUCCCUGUUCUGCGCUCCAUGAUGUCAAAGAUCAUCUCAAAGUCUCAGCAGGGUGCUCUGUUUGCCUGUCUUUCCUUUCUGGAAAGUCUAACGAACAACGUAUCAAGCGCAGUCUUCAACAGUAUCUAUGCUGCUACAGUAUCAUGGUUCCCAGGCUUCGUCUUCCUGUUGUCUGCAGGACUCUGUGUCAUCCCUUUGUCUUUCUUGGGCACGGUGGGUCUGAUGGGAGUGGAUGUUGCCAAAGAUGACAAAGACCGAGAGAAUUUCUUGUCAGGAGAGGAGGGUCCUGUUGAAGAUGAGAAUGACAACAGUCCUAUUCUUAGCUGAGCCACAUAAACUGCCAAACCCUCA